AUGGUUGCGGCCAUGGUCAUGGCUGCGUCAACGGGUCGUGGUCGUGGUCAUGGUUAUUCAAGGUUAAACAAUACUACUUCAGUUAAUCAAUGGGCAGUUGCACAAGAAAUAAAUACUUAUAGAGAAGUAAAUAAUGCGCAAAUAUCUACAGAAGACAAACUUGACGAUCAUCAAAUUGUUAAAAUUGUGCUAGCAAAACAAUUAGAAUAUGAGCAAGGUGAUCUGGAUGAUUCUGAUGAAGAGCCUCCAAAUAUUUUAGCCUUAGAAGGACUAAAUAGACUAAAAAACUUUAUUUUGUUUAUUGAACAACAGAUAA